UUGUUAAUCGCUCAGACUAAAACAUAUUCGGCAUGGCAACGUCAUAAAAUAAAUAAAGUAUUUUAACUGGGGACGUUUUUUAUUUCUUUUGCACACUUUUUUUGCUGUUCAAGGCCAACAGUGACGUCAUCAAACAGCGCCCGCGUUGUUUGUAACGUUAUCGUAACGGUAACUGUAACGUCGACUCAUGAGAUGACCUGGUGACGGCCCCCUGAGGACUUCGUUACCCUGCUGUCCACAACGAUGGAGGACAACUCCUCCGGUCCCUCGACGGUCCCCGCUCCUCCUCGAGCCUCGUCCCUGCAGCGGACGUUUGAGCGGCUCUCCUCCGCUCAGUGUCUGACAGUGAGCACCGAGGAGGCGGCUCCCGUGGCUGUCAUCGCCCUUCAGCGGUACUUAUCGGAGCCCACGGACGGGCCGCAGCUCUACAGCUACGACGUGACGCUCACCGACGGAGUCUGGAGAGCCAAGUGCUUCGUCCACAGCAGUUUAAAUCACCUGGUGCACGCGAACCUGCUGAGGACCGGGGCUGAAAUCCACAUCACGCAGUGCUGUUUCGUUUACAGCGAGAGGAGGCUGGGACACGGGUACAUCUGCAUCGAGAAGCUCAGGUGUGGCGCGGAGAGGUCCGCUCUCCUGUCCCGGAUGGAGGAUGUCUGCUCGCUGCCCAUGUUGGUGAAGCAGGGCAUGGAGGGGAGUGUAGAGCUGCAGAGCGAUGUUCCUCUUCAGGUGAGCCGCAGACAUUACCUGUCUCUGUGGAACAACGACGACCCAGAGGGGGACAUGUGGACCUCAGGGUCUCCCUCAUCCGACACAGUGCUGGACGUGUCCAAGAUCGCUCUGCUGUGUAGUCUGGAGUCGUGCUUUAAGAAGACAUCGAAACCUUUCCCUCUCCUAGUGAAGAUUAUACACAAAUCCAGAUUACGGUAUUAUGGGAAGUUUGGGCUCAAGAUUGAUUAUCCUUACCAGGCAUACUUUGAAGUUGCUGACCAGAGUGGGACAAUGUCGCUCGUGCUUUGGAACGAACUCUGUCCAGAGUUUUACCAGAGGCUGAGCGUAGGCAACGUGUUGUACAUCCAAAAUUACACCUUGAAGCAGAGUUAUUCCAACAGAUCACACCCGCAAAUGGACCAUCACAGAAUGAAGACUUUUAACUCCGUCGAAAUCUGCCUGAACCCUCGCAACCCUACUUCAGUCAUCACCGUGGUUUCACCAAAGAGCGUACUGCCUGAGUGGGGAUUGCCCGAGGUUUCCUACCAGUUCACCACCAGCUCAGAGGUGGAAAACCUAUCCAAGAAUUCUGCUUGUGAUGUCAUCGGUUUGGUGACAUUUGUUGGUCGUGUUGAAAGAGUGAAGAGUAAAGGGAACAAGGGUCCAGAAAAGUACUGGACAUAUCGCUGGAUCCACGCGGUGGAUGGAACGUCUGACCGUCCGUUUAUCCUGGAGGUUUUUUCCUCUUCCCAGCCAGAAGUCUUCAAUCGCAUAUGUCCGAUGACCUACCUGGUGUGCACCCAGAUGAGAGUUUGUCAAGUCGAAGGCUCGUUGCCCUACCUCACCAGCAGCUGCGAGACAGAGACGUUUAUCACAGGCUACCACAAAGGUCAGCCGUAUGUGAGCGAACCCAGAGUGAAAAGCUUCAUCCAGUGGACCAAAACUCUGAAGGACAACGUUGUCCUCCAGAAGACAGCUGUCGGUGGUCACUACUGCUACCCUCGGUCCCCUCAGAAAUUCACCCAGUCAACGGAAGAUGUCUUAACUCGAGCUCCUCUGGUUGCUGCAGCUGACUUGAAGAAGGAGUUGGAGACCCUGCAAUAUAGGGAACAUAAAAAAGUUGCAAUUCAAGGACAGAUCACAGCAGUGCGGUACAUGAAAAACCUAAAGACCACGGAGUCUCGAGGGACAGAAGAGAAAGAGCUGCAAGAUGUUUCUACUGAUGCGUGUGAGAACGCGGCACCAGACGCACAAAACCAUCCCUCAACAGCUGAGCAGACUUUGGCGGUCAGUUUAACAUCUGCCUCUCCUGAGAAAAGCUCAGCCAGCGGAAGGAAAAGAAGAAUUCAAACGAGAAAAGCCAAGCAGUCCUCUUUGAAACAUGUCAGCACGUCAGCAAAAAAGAGACAUAAAGAUACAGAGGAAGAAGAAGAGGGGGACUCUGGAUCUGAGGAGGCUCAGGAUGUGGAACGCUGCCAACAGCUGCAAAAUCAAAAUCCCGACUCCGAUAUUCUAUCGUGGGAGAGCAGCAGUUGGCUGAAGCAACGAGAAGAAGUGUCUGAACAUCUGUGUCGAGGCGGUCUGUACCGGGACAGCGUGUCUCGGAGGUUCACGUUUGAUGAAAAGAAUGUCCUCCUGCAGCAAAGCAACCUUCAGCCGACGCGAUGGACACCAGAGGAAAACACAGACAUCAUUACUCCUGUGGUUUGUCCAGGAUACUACCAAGUUACAAUAUUAGGCUUAAACAAGCAGAUAGCCGUUGAUGCUGCAUAUCUUCCUGUUUGGAGCUCAGAUGAACCCAGAGCUGUAGGUCUUCCUCAGAAUCCCCACGGCAACACCAUGAUGUCCUGCCUUUUGUCAGCCUUCCUCUGUCCGCUCAGUGACACCGCCAGCAACAGCGAAACAACACUUCCUGAGCCAGAGGAGGUCUUGGCGACUGCCGUCGAGCUGGAGGACACGCACGUCGUGUGCGUCUUGGACAUUUGCCAUCUGGGUGGAGACGAGGUGGAGGUCCUGAUCGACAAGGUGUACAGAGUGACAGAGGUGUCUCUCAAUUAGGAUCAGCAGCAUACAUUAAUCAUGUCUUUAAAAUGUUCUUAUUUGAUGGAAAGAGCAAAGGUUUUAGACCCAAUCUCAAUUUCAUACUUUUGUACAGUAAAUGUCACAUCAUUCUUUAAAUAAUCCUUUUCAAGAGAGGAAGAU